AACCAGCGUCGGACCCGUAAUUAACCCACCGCCGCCCCGAGGCAGCCCCGACCCACCCUGGAUGCGGAGGACCCCCGAGCCACCCCGCUGCCUUUCCCCUGAGGGAUGGUACUGAAUUUCUGCGCGGCAGGAGCCGGCCUGCAGCUCCUCUCCAUCAGCGUUGCCUUCCCUCCGUGUCUAAAGUGCACUAGACCGCGAUGAGGACCUGGGCUUGCGUUUUGCUGAUAGGUUUUGGCUACCUGUCCUUUACCUUCUCCGAGCUGAGGUUUAAUAUUUUGUUUCCUGUUUUAGGAUAUGAUGAUGUUUCAGAAACAAACUUGAGAUCUUAUAGUGUUCAUUCUGCUAAACAUGUGCAAGAGAAUCGUCCUGUGCCCAUUCGCAGAAAAAGAAGCAUUGAGGAAGCCAUCCCGGCUGUCUGCAAAACACGGACGGUUAUAUACGAGAUACCUCGGAGUCAGAUUGAUCCGACCUCUGCCAACUUCCUGAUAUGGCCACCCUGCGUGGAGGUGAAACGUUGCACUGGCUGUUGCAACACCAGCAGUGUGAAAUGCCAGCCAUCGCGGAUACAUCACAGAAGUGUCAAGGUGGCAAAAGUGGAAUAUGUUAGAAAAAAGCCAAAAUUAAAAGAAGUUCUGGUGAGAUUAGAAGAGCAUAUGGAAUGCACCUGUACAUCAUCAAAUACUAAUUCAGAUUAUAGAGAAGAAGAAACUGGAAGGCCUAGGGAAUCAGGUAAAAAACGGAAACGAAAAAAGUUAAAACCAACAUAAAACCUACUGGAACUAUUUGAUAUUCAGGUAGGACCUAUAUGCUGAACACCCUAAUAGCACAAGUACUGGAAAACUUAAUCAAAUAUCAUCACUUCAACUUAAU